AUGCCUGAAAUCAAAGCCAUCCUCUUCGACUGCGACAACACCCUCGUCCUCUCCGAGGAGCUCGCCUUCGAGGCCUGCGCAGACCUCAUCAACAAGAUCUGCGCCGAGCGCAACGUCACCGUCCACUUCACCGGCGAGACGCUCAUCCAGGAGUUCGUCGGCCAAAACUUCCGCGGCAUGCUCACGACGCUGCAGAAGACGCACGGCAUCGACAUUGCGCCCGACGACCUCGAGCGCUACGUCCUGCAGGAGGAGGACGCCGUCAUCGCCAAGCUCAAGGCCGCGCUGAGGCCGUGCCCCGGCGUCGACGCGCAGCUCGAGGCCCUGCAGCGGGCGGGCAGGUACCAGCUGGCCGUGGUGUCGUCGUCGGCGCUGCGGCGCGUGCGCGCGUCGAUUGAAAAGGUCGGCCAGGACCGGUUCUUCCCCGGGGACGUGGUCUUCUCGGCGGCGACGUCGCUGGAGAAGCCGACGAGCAAGCCGGAUCCCGCCAUCUACCUCCACGCGCUGCAGAAGCUGGGCAAGAGCGCCGAGGAGAGCGUCGCGGUGGAGGACAGCAAGAGCGGGACGCUGAGCGCGACGAGGGCGGGCAUCAAGACGAUUGGCUACGUCGGUCCGUAUGCGGACGACAAGAAGGGGGAGAUGGAGGGGGUGCUGCGGGAGGCGGGCGCGGUGGUGAUUAUGCGCGACUGGAGCGAGUUCCCGGCGGCCUUGGCCAAGAUUGAGAAGGGCGAGGUCUAA